AAUAGACUCGGUAACGUAAACACACACAACGCGACGCAGAGUGAAAGAAAGAGUAACAGUAAGAAGAUUAGAGAGAGAGAGAGAGAGAACACGGGUGGGUGAGUGAGUGAGUGAGUGUGAGUGUGAAUCUGAGUCUGAGUCACUCUCAUUAUCAACUGCCAUCUCUCCAAACCCUAAAAAAGCCUCCAUCAAUCAUCAAUCAUAAUAUAUCAUCGUAUUUCUCUGCUCUCACUCUUCUUCUUCCUCAGCCGCCGCCAGCCACCAAAAAAGUUAAAAAAAAAAACAGAGAAAUGGAUCCCGAGUCAACUCAGUUGCAGCAAUCGGAACUGGCCGCCGUGUUGGGGCCCGAUCCAUCCCCAUUCGAGACCCUAAUCUCGCACCUGAUGUCUUCCUCCAACGAGCAGCGGUCCCACGCCGAGGCGCUCUUCAACCUCUGCAAGCAGACCGAUCCCGACACGCUCUCCUUGAAGCUCGCACACCUCCUCUCCUCCUCCCCUCACCAGGAGGCUCGAGCCAUGUCCGCCAUCCUCCUCCGCAAGCAGCUCACUCGCGACGACUCAUACCUCUGGCCACGCCUCUCCCCUCAAACUCAGUCUUCUCUCAAGUCCCUCCUCCUCUCUUCUAUCCAGACCGAGAACGUCAAAUCCAUCUCCAAGAAGCUCUGCGACACCAUCUCCGAGCUUGCCUCCGGGAUCCUCCCUGAUAACGCCUGGCCUGAACUCCUUCCGUUUAUGUUCCAGUGCGUUUCUUCCGAUUCUCCAAAGCUUCAAGAAUCCGCGUUCCUCAUCUUCGCGCAGUUGUCGCAGUACAUCGGGGAGUCACUCACGCCUCACAUCAAGCAUCUUCACGGAUUGUUUCUCCAGUGCUUGACCUCUCCGACCACGAAUUCCGAUGUGAGAAUCGCCGCGUUGAAUGCAGUUAUUAAUUUCAUUCAGUGCUUGUCUGGCUCCGCCGAUCGGGACCGGUUCCAGGAUUUGUUGCCGGCCAUGAUGAGGACGCUGACUGAGGCGCUGAAUUCCGGUCAGGAGGCCACUGCACAGGAGGCUCUGGAACUUCUGAUCGAGCUUGCCGGUACGGAGCCGAGGUUCCUCCGGCGGCAGCUGGUGGAUGUUGUUGGAGCCAUGCUUCAGAUUGCCGAGGCAGAGUCGCUGGAGGAAGGGACGCGGCAUUUGGCGAUCGAGUUUGUGAUUACUCUGGCCGAGGCGAGGGAGAGAGCACCUGGGAUGAUGAGGAAGCUGCCUCAGUUUAUCAGCAGGAUGUUCGCCAUUCUGAUGAAGAUGCUGUUGGAUAUUGAGGAUGAUCCUGCUUGGCACAGUGCUGAGACAGAGGACGAAGAUGCCGGCGAAACAAGUAACUACAGCGUUGGACAAGAGUGUUUGGAUAGGCUUUCGAUAUCACUGGGUGGGAAUACUAUUGUCCCGGUUGCGUCUGAACAGUUGCCUGCUUAUUUGGCUGCUCCUGAGUGGCAAAAACGCCAUGCUGCAUUGAUUGCACUUGCUCAAAUUGCUGAGGGUUGCUCAAAGGUCAUGAUAAAGAAUUUGGAUCAAGUUGUGGCUAUGGUAUUAAACUCCUUCAAUGAUCAACACCCUCGUGUGAGGUGGGCAGCUAUCAAUGCAAUCGGUCAACUGUCUACUGAUUUGGGUCCAGAUUUGCAAAUUCAAUACCAUCAAGGAGUGUUGCCAGCACUAGCGGCUGCCAUGGAUGAUUUUCCAAAUCCUCGUGUGCAGGCACAUGCUGCUUCAGCAGUACUCAACUUCAGUGAGAACUGCACACCUGAUAUUUUAACACCCUACUUGGAUGGAAUUGUUAGCAAAUUGCUUGUAAUUCUUCAGAAUGGUAAGCAAAUGGUACAAGAGGGCGCCUUAACUGCUUUAGCAUCAGUGGCUGAUUCAUCUCAGGAACACUUCCAAAAAUACUAUGAUGCUGUCAUGCCGUACCUGAAGGCUAUAUUGGUUAAUGCAACUGACAAGUCUAACCGCAUGCUUCGUGCCAAGUCUAUGGAGUGUAUAAGUUUAGUUGGAAUGGCUGUUGGGAAGGAGAAGUUUAGGGCUGAUGCUAAACAGGUCAUGGAAGUUCUUAUGUCCUUACAAGUAUCUCAAAUGGAGACUGAUGAUCCAACAACCAGUUACAUGCUACAGGCAUGGGCUAGGCUUUGCAAGUGUCUGGGGCAAGAUUUUCUUCCUUAUAUGGAGUUUGUUAUGCCGCCUUUGCUUCGGUCUGCUUCACUUAAGCCCGAUGUGACCAUUACAUCAGCUGAUUCAGAAAAUGAUAUUGAUGAUUCUGAUGAUGACAGUAUGGAGACCAUCACUCUUGGGGACAAAAGAAUUGGCAUCAAAACUAGUGUUCUGGAAGAAAAGGCCACAGCCUGUAACAUGCUUUGCUGUUAUGCUGAUGAGUUGAAGGAAGGAUUCUUUCCAUGGAUUGAUCAGGUUGCAGGAACUUUAGUUCCACUUCUUAAAUUUUACUUCCAUGAGGAGGUUAGAAAAGCAGCCGUUUCAGCAAUGCCGGAGCUAUUACGUUCUGCAAAGUUGGCUAUUGAGAAAGGGCAAUCUCAAGGUCGGGAUGCAUCCUAUUUAAAGUUUUUGAGUGACAGUAUAAUCCCAGCUUUGGUGGACGCGUUACAUAAGGAACCAGAUACAGAAAUUUGUGCAAGCAUGUUGGAUUCAUUGAAUGAAUGCUUACAGAUUUCUGGGAUGCUUUUGGAUGAAAGCCAGGUCAAGGCCAUUGUUGACGAGAUAAAACAAGUGAUCACAGCUAGUUCAAGUAGGAAAAGAGAGAGGGCAGAGAGGACCAAAGCUGAAGAUUUUGAUGCUGAAGAGAGUGAGCUGAUUAAAGAGGAAAAUGAACAAGAGGAAGAAGUUUUUGAUCAAGUGGGAGAGAUAUUGGGAACUUUGAUCAAAACCUUCAAAGCCUCCUUCUUACCUUUCUUCGAUGAACUGUCAUCAUAUUUGACACCUAUGUGGGGAAGGGACAAGACACCUGAAGAGAGGAGAAUUGCCAUUUGCAUUUUUGACGACAUUGCGGAGCAGUGUCGUGAAGCAGCUAUAAAGUAUUAUGAUACAUAUCUCCCAUUCUUGUUGGAGGCUUGUAAUGACGAGACUGCUGAUGUCCGGCAGGCUGCUGUGUAUGGCCUUGGUGUUUGUGCAGAGUUUGGUGGAUCCGUGUUCAAACCUCUGGUUGGAGAGGCUCUUUCGAGGUUAAAUGCUGUGAUCCAGCAUCCUAAUGCUCUUCAUUCAGAUAAUGUAAUGGCAUAUGAUAAUGCUGUUUCAGCUCUGGGAAAAAUUUGCCAAUUUCAUCGGGAUAGUAUUGAUUCUGCCCAGGUGAUUCCUGCAUGGUUGAACUGUUUGCCAAUAAAAGGUGAUUUGAUUGAGGCCAAAGUUGUCCAUGAUCAACUUUGUUCCAUGGUUGAAAGGUCUGACAGUGAGCUUUUGGGUCCAAACAAUCAGUACCUUCCUAAAAUAGUUUCAGUUUUUGCUGAGGUUUUGUGUGCUGGAAAGGACCUCGCAACGGAACAAACUGCUGGCCGUAUGAUUAAUCUGCUCAGACAGCUUCAGCAAACCUUGCCGCCUGCAACUCUUGCUUCUACUUGGUCAUCUCUGCAGCCGCAACAACAGCUUGCAUUGCAAUCCAUCCUUUCUUCAUAGUUUCCAUGGUUUUGCUUCCUUGAAGUCUAUCCUUUCGCUUCCUUGAAGUCUAUCCUUUCUUGAUAGCGUCACAUCUGAGUUCGCUAUUGGUGUCUUGCACUGCUUGGGACAUGCUUUUUCCGGUUUGGUGGUCUCUCAAUUUGUUACCCAUUCUUUGCCAUAAGAUGGUUUCCAUCAUUCAUUCUUGCAUGGUGUUUUUAUAGCAACAUGGCUUCAGUUUUGAGAAUGCAGAUUCAAUUGUGAUUGGAAAGGAAACUUUCUGUAGAAUGUGUAUAUUACGAGUGUUAAUAGUGCCGUUUAGCCCAAAAUAAGGGUAGGCAAUUGUGUCGUGGGAGCUUCUGUUUCUAUUCCUCUCUUUGGUUUCUUACCAUUUUGCGUAAGAAUAGAGUUGUCUGGGAGACAAUUCAUACAGUUUUGGUCAUUUGUAUUG